AUGAAAAAUACUUAGACGCUUUAGAAGAUAUAGACUACAGAGAAUAUUAAUCUGAUGAAAGAUAAAUAUGAAGAUAUCAAUAGUCUGAUAUACAGAAAUAUAAUGAGAAGAAUAAGAAAAUAUUUUAAGAGAAAAAGGAUUUAAAAUCUGAAGAAGAUUAUAAUAGUAGGAGAUUAAAGGCAAUCAAUAUAUCAAUUCAGAGGAUGCUAAGAAAAUGUUUUUGGAAAGUCGAAGAAGUUACUUAAAAGAAAAUAGAUAGAUUAUAAUAUGGAAAAGUUACAAAAAACAUAAAGGUUUGGUAUUAAAGUUGUUAUAUAUAAUGUUAUUUAUGAAAUGGAAAUGACUACUGACAUAAUACUUAUGAUUUUGAGCGAUUAAAACUAAUGA